AUGAUUGGAAAGCAGCACGUCCAAGCACAACAGCGUGUUCCCGUUUACCACGAUCCCUGGGCUCGACGUGAAGCAUGGCGUAAGCAUCCCAUCUUUUCAAAGAGCAGCAACUUUAAGACCAUGUUCCCCGGCCUCGGCAUUGCCACUGUUGCCUUCAUUGCCUACUGUGGUGUCGAACAUUUCUUCCUCAAGGACAAGAAGCACCAUUAG